ACUGUUUUCGGCCGCAAUUGGUUCGGUACAAUUUGAAUUGCUCAGCUGACCAGGUGGCCGACUAACCCGGACCAUGAGCGACGGAUCGGGGCCGCGGGUGAAGUUUACCAAGACCUCUUGCUAUCUCUGCAGUGAGUGGCUCAGCGACGAUGCCAUCGAGCCACACCUGCAAGAGUGCAACCGGGUCCUCGACCUGUGCCCAGAGGGUUGUGGUCUGCUGGUGCUGCGAAGAGACCUGGCGUCCCACAAGAACCGCUGUGCGGCUGGAUUCAGCGAAGACGGCGAAACGGCUACAGUGAACCACCAACAAGCCACCACCACCACAACCACCAUCAACCGCAGCGACACACCCGUCUUCCUGCGCGUGAUCUCUCCCCCGGAGCCAACCAUCGUUGGUGGAGACGUAAAUGAGCUACGCCGUAUGCUGCUGGAGAUGCACCGGGCACUCGGCGAGGAAAUGGUGCUGCGCACGGAACUGCUGGCCCAGGUCCGGCGCCUGAAGCAACGGCUGGAGCUUGCCGACCAGUGGACGGUGAAGGUGAACGAGGCGCUGGUGUCGAUGAACAAGCUGGUGAACGAGGAAGCUAACCGACGCAGCGCUGCUGUCCGGAGUCUCGAGCACCGGCAAGAGCUGCUGGAGGCUUGGCGCCUUGACAUCACCACUCGCUUCAACGUGAUUGAAAGUAAACCAAGCGACGUGCGCGAAGGAAGCCACCCCAAUGGCGGGGUCCGCUCGUCGGUGGAAGGUGGCAGCGGCCACCCGGAACAGGAGUGCCCGGAGCUGCAGCGAAUGGUAGUCGAGAACCUGGUCGAGCGGCAGGCUAAGACCGCCUGCCGGGUGCAGGACGCGUUACGGCAAACGUUCGAGAGCGAGGAACGGGUGCAGGUGCUCACCGGGCAGGUGGAGAAGUACCGCCGCGAAACCUACUACACCAAGCAGCGCCUGGACGGCCUGCAGGCCCAGCUGCUACACGAGGACCGGCUGAGCGGCAUCAGCAACCAGAAUGGGCGUUGUGUCUGGCAUAUCGGUGGUUUCGAGCAGCGGUUCACCGAGUCCCAGGAGCAUGACACCAUGCUGAAGGGGCCCCUGUUUACGCACCAACCGUUCGGCUACGUCCUGCAGAUGGAAGUGAGCUUGUAUGGGAUCGGGACGUGGCGGGGACGGAACAUGAUCGUCGGGCUGACGGUGCUGCGCGGGCCACACGAUACGCUCCUCCAGUGGCCCUGCCGGUUGCCCGGGACGGUGUAUCUGCGCGACCAGCCCGACGACCGGGCGACGGCCUGUGACUUCAGCAAGGCGAUCCUGGCCAAGCGCCACAGCCAGCAGCACGAACGCCACCAGUACGUCUACAUCCCGCAUACCACCGUGCGCUCGCAGCACUUUGUGCGCGACGACGCCAUCUUUCUGGAAGUGGUACUUGACCGACCGAAUGAUGGCGACGCCGUUACGUAGCUGCGUGCUGUGCUGUGGCGAAAUGUUCAGCGAUCAAUCAAUA